UACAGCAAAACAAUAUCACUGAUGCGUGAUUAUUCGAGCGUUUAUCAUAAACUCGCGAAAACAGAAACCCCGCCAAAUUAUUUGCCUAGACAAAUUAGGUAUCUCCGGUAUCGAUCCUUUCUUUCGUCGUCUCAGUUUAUGAAUUUGCACUUUUGGCUUCCAAAUAUAAAGGCAAAAGCUGCAGCAGCAAGUCCAAAGUAUUUUAUUUUUUGUCUGAAAAGUGACGAUAGCAGGGAGGCAAUCCGGUGUAAAUUUUCCACGAUUCUAUUAGAAAAGCUGAGUUGUAUGACGAGUUUCUCCAAUCCAGCUGCAGUAGUAUAAAACCGGCAUACAUCCCGCUGAAGGGACUUCAUUCAUCUAACGACACUCGCUCAACGUCUUUUCAUCAUCUCGAAUACCAACACCCCAAACAGCAUGGACGGACAACCAAUUACCGGUGGAGUGCAUCCGACGGAGAAUCUGAACGCCGAGCACCACGACUUCAUCAAGGCUGCCCUGAACGAAACGGGAACGCAUGCCGGGCGGAAGUACAAGGUUUUGCGGUCCAGCCAGCAGGUGGUGGCCGGAAUGAAGUACACGUUCUACAUCGUGUUUGAGGAUGACGAAUCCGGCCAGGAGUACAAGAUUACCGCCUGGAGCCGGCCGUGGCUGCAGGACAAGGGCGAAGCGCUGAAGCUGACCUUCGAUAAGCACGAGCCCAAGUGAAGUGAAGUGAAGUGCGAUAAUCUCUCUGUUUCGUUUAAUGUGAAUGUCAAUCGGAUAAAGUGAAUUAUAUUUGUAAUGUUUCGAUAAUAAAAUGACUGAAAUGAUA